GUCUACCAAGAGAAAAAGUUUGCAUAAACGCCAUUUUUCAUUUCAUGCAAUAUUCUAUCAUAGGGUCUGCCAUUGACAAAAAGUUAACAUAAACACCUUGAGGCCAAAAGGAUCACGCAAUCGGGUAGAGAGUCUACAUCUUGAAAGACUGAAGCUAAGUGAGACAACUUGACUGAAAAUUAACUGAGGUGGAUAGGAUUAGGGCACAGACUUCUUAGCUUAAUUAGUGGAAGAGAUUCAGAGAAAGGCAUACGCGGUCAUGGAUCCUCAACUCUACAGAGCUGCAAAAGUUGGUGAUGUUAUACUUCUCAGACAAGUAGUGACAGGAGAUUCAAGCCGACUACUGAGAGUAACUCCAAAAGGGAACACGGCCCUUCACGUCUCUGUGAGUUUUGGUCACAUAGACUUCAUACAAGAAGUGUAUGCUGCUCUUCUUGAACACAAUACAGGUUUAGAAGGCGACACAGACUACGGUAGAAGGCUAUCGCUUCUCACACAAGUGAACUUAGUAGGUGAUACUGCCCUUCAUGUGGCCAUCAGAGAAGGGCACACUUCCAUAGCUAAAUUUCUCAUCGAAAAGAUUCUACCUUGGCCUUUUGAAGACCAUGACGUCGAAAAUGGAAAUAGUUCACUUGCUCGAGAGAUGAUUAGGAUGAGAAAUAAGAGCAAAAACACAGCCCUGCAUGAAGCUUUGCGAAGAUAUGACCUUGAGAUGGUGGAGUUGUUGAUUGAGGCAGACCCUCAUGAUUUAGGGCAUCCCAACUAUGAUGCUGAUGCGGAAGGUGGGGAGUCUCCACUCUACCUAGCUGCUAGAGACGGACGCUUGGAUAUUGUCAACAAAAUCUUGGAUAUUUGUCCAUCUGCGGCUCAUAGUGGACCACAUGGCCGGACGGCUUUACAUGUGGCCAUAGUUGAGGUGCAUCUAGAUGUGGUGGAAGUACUCUUAGUGAAGAAAGGAGAACUUGCUGAUAAGAUAGAUGAAAAUGGGAGGACCGCUCUUCAUUAUGCAAUGUCAUUGGAAAGAAGCCACAAGAUAGUACAACAGUUGCUUAGUCAUGAUACUUCCAGUGUAUAUAAGGUGGAUAAAGAUGGUCUCUCAUCACUUCACAUCGCUGCUCUUAACUCAAGCAUUGAGGUAUUUCGAGAGCUCAUCGAAUGCUGCCCAGAUUUUGGGGAGUUACAAGACACAAAUCGUCGAAAUGUUCUCCAUUAUGCUGUGAUGAGUAAGGAUUUGGAUAAAAUCAAGUUUGCCUUCGAGCAACUAGAGCGUGAGGAAUUCAUAAACCAGCCAGAUGAAGAUGGAAACACCCCAUUCCACCUCCUCGCUGAACAAGGCUCUAUCAAGCUAAUGGAACCUUUUAUUUCAAAUGUAAGAGUCGACACAAUGGCGAGGAACAAGAAUGGCCAGACAGUUGAUGAGAUUUUCCUGAACACAAUCCCUAUCGUCGAGGGAUUAUCAUCUUUUAUUAAAGCGUUACACAUGCAGCGAUUUUUCAACCAGCUUGCCUUGAAGACUUCUCUUAUGCCACCAAGUAGCAUAAGAGGAGAAGAAAAAUGGAUCAUAAGAGUAACUAAUGAGAAGCGAAUACACACCAACCUGGAUAAGCAAGCAGAGGAAGUAAGCAGCAGCAGCAGCAGCAACACCACCACCAAAAUCAGUCGAAAAGAAUAAGGUGACAACCCUCCAAAUAGUAGCAUCUCUUAUUGCCACCGUCACCUUUGCAGCAGUUUUUCAAGUCCCUGGUGGCUACAAUUCCACUGAUGGAACGCCUGUACUCCUGCACAAUGCAUCCUUCAGAGUUUUUCUAGUAUUCGAUGCUGUGGCUAUGGGGUCAUCGGUUACCUCUUUGAUACUCAUGCUCAUCGCAUCAGGUGGCAGCAAGUAUUUUUCCUUUUUAUUGAAACUUGCUAUCUUUUCUUUAUACCAAGCGCUUUUCAGCACUUCAAUAGCGUUCUUGGCGGGCUUAAGGGCAGUAUUACUACCUCGUACUGUUGGUUUUUUCUAUUAUUCUUACAAGGAUCCCACGUCCACUGCCUUUUCAACGAUUGAAUUAUCUGUUAUUGUUAGUUUUGGUUAUUAUCCGCUAUGGGCUUUGGUCUUUUUAGGUUUACCAAAAUUAUUGAGAAAGCUAUUAGUAAAAUUGUACGGGCUGCUAACAAAGCCAUAGCAUCGUAGUGAGUCUCGUGAUGCACUGGCCGGACACCCUUUUUUAAUGUAUUAAUUAGUGUACUGCUAUCACCCUACCAGGUUGCCUUUACAUAUAUGUUUUCUGUGCCUUGUGUUUUCUUA